AUGGAGCUCCAACGGCAGGAGUAUCCAGCCAUGCUGGCUGCCCUGCAACCCGGCCAAGCUGUCACUGUGCUCCAGGAGCGAGUUAAGCAGGUCAACAAACUCAAUACAGACAUUGCGGAUUGGCUACAGGAACGGCGCCGCAUAGAGGAGACAUAUGUACGCGACUUGCGGAAACUUGCCCGACGACAACCACCGGACGAAUCAUCGGAGCUUGGCAUCUUCGCAACACCAUGGCAGAACAUCGUCAGCUCAACCGACGACCUCGCAAACUCACACCAUCUCCUCGCCCAGAAGAUCGAAGCCGAUGUCGAGCGCCCGCUGAGGGAUUUUGCGAGCUCCAACCGGGAGUUGCAGGCGAUGAGCACAAUCAGUGGCAAUCUUCAGGCCAUGGCAAGGGAGGUGGAGAACGCGCAGAAGAAGUCGGAGAAGCUCAAGGGCAAGGGGGAGAAAGCCGGGUCGGGCAAGGUGGCACACGCGACUUCGGAUGUCGAGAAUGCCAUGUCACAGUGGGAAUCGCAGGCACCCUUCGUGUUCGAAAAGCUCCAGUCUGUGGACGAGAGCCGGUUGAACCACUUGCGCGACGUCCUUACACAGUUUCAGACACAUGAGGUGGAUCAGGUCGAGAGAAACCGAGUCACAGCCGAGCAGUGCCUCAAUGCAUUGCUGAAUGUGGAGACAGCGGAUGAGAUCAAACGCUUCUCUUCGCGGUCACUCAGCGGCAGGCCGAAACUUGAAAGACCGAGUAGCAGUCGGGUGGGAUUUGCGCCCGGAAGCAGCCUUGCGCCAGCAUCUCCAGUGCCGGCCGCCGACGAUCGACUAAGUCAGAGAUCCGGCUCUGGUAUGCUUCUGUGGAAUUUCCCCUUUGAACAAAAGCAUGGCGGUCUGAGUGGCCUCAAGAGACUCGGCACGGUUUUGGGCCGCCGGCGGCAAAGCGUGCAACCGUUCGGACGCGAGUCGUCCUCUCCGGAACGUCCGGAGCGUCCAGAGCGUAAGACCUCGUCGAACCUCUUUAGUAGCCUGUCUGGGAGGUCAAGAGAGUUCCAGCCGCCACCCGGACCGCCUCCACCAGCAUCCCCCACACGGCUAUCGGAGAGUCGUCAAGCACCGUCUCGGCCCUCGGAGCUGACCGCAUCGCCAAGACAAACUCAGCGAUCGAUCGAUCAACCAAAUGGAACCCCUUUCGAAGCUCCGCUAGAGGCCGUACCUAGCUCAAGCGUGGUGAACGGCACUCAGCCCUCUCAAAUUCCCCCGUUGCAGGAGCCGUUAGUACCAAGCACGCCUACCAUUGCUCAUCCUGAGCCACGAAAGGACGAUGAAGGCUUCUCCAUGCCUGCUGCCAGCUCAGACCCCAUUUCUCAGGCUGAACAGGACGCUAUGUCAAGCGGGGGCGAGCCAUCCGCGCCGCAAUUCAAGGUCGACAUACGGAAUGCUCCAAUCCAGGAGGAGGAUGCAGAUGCAGACGCGGCUCUCGCUAGUGUAGCGAAUGCUUUGAGAUCGCAAACGGCCAUCCCGAGGAAAACUGGAACGGCCCGAGGUCGCAGGGACGUGCGAAACACAGUAUUCAUACCUUCGCCGCAGACUCCUGAGGUCGGCAAUGACGACAGCAUACAACCUGCCGCCAGUCCUAUACCUGGCCCUACGACGCUACCAAUAACACAGUCAUCACCGACUCUUGCUCCACUGUCGCCUUUCAGACCGGCUCAGCAUGGUAGCCUCCUCAGUGACGCCCCUGCCGCCUCAGACACCGGAUCCAUCCGCUCAGGCCGUUCUCUCAGCAGUGCCGUCAGUACAACGAUCAGGCACCCUGACCUCCACGAGCCAGGCCUCAACUCUUCCGUUGUCGAAACAGUAAGCGCCUACUUCGAACAUGGCCGCGUAAGCCGCGCCACCGUAAUCGGCGAGCUCGCCCUAGCCUACAACCCCACCGACACCUCUGCCUCCUUCAGCAACGAAACAAUCCGCCUCGACAACUUCCCCGUCCUCGAGAAAGUCGCCCCCAACCCAACAUUCAUCACCCAAGCCCCCGACAAAGCGGGCACCUACACCCUCGCCCUUCCCGCCAUCACCGCCAAGACAGCUGUGGCCUUCAAGUACCAGCUCCAUCUCGACGACACCAACCUCUCCACGCACGCGCCCAUGCAACUCACCACGGCCUGGAAAGUCGAGCCAACCCAGACCUCCGUAAUCGUCAGCUACGCCCUGAACCCGGCCUUCGCGCUCUCCGCCCGCCCGGGGGCCACUAACGCCAACCGCCCGCUGACCCUCUCAAACGUGGUGCUCGUCUGCCACCUCGAGGGCGCGAGGGCCUUGAGCUGCCAGUCCAAGCCCGCGGGGGCGUUCUCGGCGGAGAAGUCGACGCUGUAUUGGCGCCUCGGGGAUGUGACGUUCUGGAACGCGAAUAUUACGCAGCAGCUCCGUGCGAGGUUCUUCACGGAUGGCGAGGCGAGACCGGGGAAUGUGGAGGCUAGGUGGGAGAUUAGUGGGGAGGAGGCGGUGGGGCUGGGCAGUGGGUUGAGUGUCAGUCGGCUUGUGAGGGAGGAGGGCGCUGCUGGUGCGGCGGGCGGGAGUGCGGAGGCGGAUCCGUUUGCUGAUGAGACGGCUGCCAGUUCGGCGGGAGCGUGGAGGGGUGUUGCCGGCGUGAGGAGGAUUGUGAGCGGGUCGUAUGUGGCCGUAUAG